GCUGACUGUGCAGUGGGUGGUGCGACGGACUGCUAUCUGUUUCGAACAGUUACGAACCUGAUAGCAAAACAAUCGGUUGAUAGCUCUUUGAAUUUUAAUACUGUUUAGGCACUGAUAAUCGUUUACAGCACAACAUGGCUGAGACGGAUCCCAAGUCGGUUCAGGACCUUACCAAUGUGGUGCAGACACUGCUGCAACAGAUGCAGGACAAGUUUCAGACCAUGUCAGACCAGAUUAUAGGAAGGAUUGAUGAGAUGAGCACACGUAUUGAUGACUUGGAGAAGAACAUUGCUGACCUGAUGACCCAGGCUGGUGUUGAAGAGAUUGAGGCAACACCAGAAAAGGCUAAAGAGGGUCAAGGCUCAUAAUGAAGGUUCCUAAGUAACAAGGUGUGAAGUUGGUCCUAAAUUCAGGAGCAGCAGACUUUUCCAUUCUGAAAUGAUUUGUAUUGAUUUGGUGUGUCAUUGUGUGAAAUGCUUUUUUAUAUAUUGAAUAUUGUGAUUAACGGUUACAGUUAUGUAAUGACUUGAAAAGCUGAACGUUAUUUGUAAGCUAGAAUAGUGUGAUAUGCCCUCCAGAACUUAAAAAUGCUCAUGCAGGAAUGCAAUUUAUGGAUUUAGUGUGCUGACCUGGAGGUUAUUUCGCUGCCAUUAUAUAUCAUAGCUAAUUCAGUCCCAUAAGGUGAUGCUUGGUGGGGACAGCUUUGCCCAAGCUUGUGCUGCAAAGCACACCCCCCAGCAGGCUAGCAGGCCAGUAGAAACCUCCAUCUCUACCCACAUGGGAAAUGGGCACUGUGAUCAUCUGAAGCCUGCAGUGUUUUACAAACAGCACUGUUACUACCAAGGAUGCAUUCCAAUUCUAACUGAUUUUCUUCUAUUAAAGCUAUUUAAUACAA